AAUUAAUCCACUUAUUGAUUGGUAUUCCAUCAAUCUUCUCAAUUGGGCACUAGUGUGGUGUGUGGUUCCAACACCAUGCGAGGCCUGGAUGAGAGGGCGCUGGCACGCUGCAGUGCCACUGUGCCCGUGUCUAUACAGUACACCUACAGACCACAGUGUCCUACUUACCUACCUUAGGGGGCAUUCUAUUUAUUAAUAUCUGGAUGUGACCGCCGUCGACGGGCCUGACUCCUCUUCCUGCGUGUUGGCAAGCCCUUCUUUGCAAUGCACCAGCACGCGGCGGCGGCGCCGCCGCCACAGUUCAUCCCAUGGCUGCGCAUGAUGGUGCUCUUGACCGUCCUGCUCGCCUCGCUUACCGAUGCUGCUUCUCUCGUGCUCAGGCAAUCCGAUACGCUCAGCUCGGGCGCCAAGAGACCUCCUCAAGCACCGCGUAUCUUCAACGACACGGCCGAGUCCUUGCAGGAGAUCGUGGCAGGUGUGCAGUCGAGGGAGGAUAGCGUUGUCCAAGACAUCAUCACGAAUGUGAAGCCGGAGGAUGCGACCUUUGAGAACACCGUCGUGCCAUACAUGCAGCAUGAGGACCAGGACACACUAUUCUUGUCCAACGUUGGAUUAUACACCUAUGUUUCUCAGAAGCCAGAGCUGAGGGAUGCCGCUGAUAAUGUCACCGGACAGAUCGGCGACAUCACACAGGCGACCUAUCUGAACGAGGAUCUCUUCGAACGCGUCAACGCGACCUACUACAAACAAGUCAACGACACGAAUCUGUCCCUCGAGUCGCGCAAUUUACUGGGGUCCUUCUGGGGCCAGUUUGCAGGAACCGGGCUGGCUGUGGAGAAAGGGGAGAAACGAGACCGGUACCAGAAUGCCAGCAACGAGUUGGAAGAUCUCCAGGACGCCUUCGCGCAGGCACUGGUUGACGACAAAACGGUGCUAUGGUUUACGAAGGACGAGCUAAAUGGAACGAGAGACGAUACCCUCAGUACUCUGGAGAAGGGAACGGGGGAGAAUGAAGGAAAAUUGAAGGUGGAUUUUCAGAUCGACUCCGACCUGCUCGCGAUAUCGACUCAUUGCACGAAUGAGACUACUCGAAAGGCCUUGACAAUCGCGAGCGCGAAUCGAGCCCCCGACAACCCGGAGCGACUCAAGAAAGCAGCUGGCCUCCGCGACGAACUCGCGCGGUUGCUGGGAGACGCCAAUUUCGCUGCGAGCGUCAUCGCGUCAAAUUUGGCCCAAACACCCGAGGCUGUGCACAAACUUCUGGAUGACGUUCAAGCAAAAGUGACUCCCUAUUGGUUGAAGAAGCUCGAUCAUUUGAAGGAGCUGAAAAAGAACGACACCGGCAAUGCAGACCACUUUUUCCUGUGGGAUAGCAACUUCUAUCAGACCAUGUCGACGGAACAAGAAUACCAGGUUGACAAGGACAAAAUCAAGCAGUACUUUCCUGCACUCUCGACCAUAAAGGCACUCCUAGACCUCUAUGCUGGCCUGUUUCAUCUGCACUUUGUCAAAAUUGAAGGGAAGGAUCGAGACGACCUGUCUCCGACUGGCAAAGGAGAAGACAUCACGUGGCAAGAAGAUGUGGAGAUCUAUGCGGUGUGGAAUGACGAUAGUUACAGCACCCAGACCAAGCGUGACGAGGGCGAGUUUGUUGGCUAUCUGUAUCUCGACCUCUACCAGCGGGAAGGCAAGGCUCCCGAUGAAUACUCACUAUCUAUGGAACCGGGCUUUGUGACCAAGGACGGCUCUCGCCACUAUCCGCUAGCGGUGCUCGUCACCAACAUCAAGGAGUCUGCCACAGAUACUCCUUCCCUCUUCGACCGUGGCGACGUGGAGGCUAUCCUCCAUGAACUCGGACACUGCAUGCAUCAGUUGACGUCCCGUGUCACCUAUGGUCGGUUGCAUGGGCCCAGCAGUACGCCUCCGGACUUCUACGAGAUGCCCUCUCAGAUGAUGGAGAAUUGGGCCUAUGAGAGGGCUGUUCUGAAGCAACUCAGCAAGCACUGGUCAUACUUGUCCGACGAAAGCAAAGCUGCCUGGCAGAAGCAGCAGAACGAUACCAAUGCCGUUCAGCCACCAGAGCAGCUACCGGACGACUUGAUCGACGAAAUCCUCAAGGCACGUAAUGCAUACACCAGCUACGCCGAGCUCCUACAAGUCUUCUUUGCAGACUAUGACUUGAAGCUCCAUGAAUUGCCGACGCACGAAGAUGCUGCGAAUCUGGACCCCACAGAGAUAUACAACAAGCUCUUCCUCGACAUCAUCAAAAUCGAGGGACCAGAGGCGUUGGGUGAAGGUUUCCAUUGGGGUCAUAAAGAAUCUACUUUUCAUCACAUCAUGAGUUCCUACCAAGGCGCCUAUUACGCCUACCACUGGAGUCGCAUCUACGGCAAAGAUCUCUUUUAUACUGCAUUCAAAGCGGACCCGUUUAGCGCCGAGGCGGGAGGAAAAUUCCGGAAAUUGAUUUUGGAGCCGGGAGGAAGUGGGGAUUUGAUGCAAAUGAUUACGGACUUUUUGGGACGUGAGCCGAAUAAUGAUGCGUAUUAUGAGGAUUUGGAGUUGGAUAAGCCGAUGUGAGGUGGUAUGUUGGGGUUGGGGCUGGGAGAAAGAUUGUGAUUACUGAUGGAUGGACUUUUUAAGUGAGGGGGUCCGGGGGUGGUUCUGCUAGGUGAAUUUGAAUGCAGCUAGCUAACUAGCUCUUUU